AUGGGAUGGACUGUACCUUUGAUAGCUGUUAUCAGUGGACUAUUUGGUUCUGUUGCAGCAACACAAGACUGUGGUUCAUGUUACCAUCUGAACAUGGGGGUCAUUAUUGCCAUUGUUACUUCUGACAUUAUCCUCACACUUCUUAUUACUAUCUCAGUUUACUGUUUUGCAUCACGUCAAAAAAGAAAGAGCAGCAUGCGCACAUGUACUAACUCUUCUGGAAGAGGCAAAGAAAAAAGUCAACGGUCAACAAUCAGACAAAAAGAAGUGGAAAUUACAGAGUCCCCCUAUCAGGAACUAUAUGGAGUUCAGUCGGAUAUAUAUAACGACCUCUGCCAGUACCAGAAAUAA